AUUGCACUCGGUUCUCUGUCUUCUCUGUUACUUCGUUUCAGUAUGGUGUUUCCAUAAGCACAGAGUGGAACGCAGUGUUGGAUUUCUGGCCAAUCUCACUAGACUCUCCGGACCUUUCUUGCACCACAAGCAGCGAAUUAUCGCGCAGACGUCUUCAAGCAGCUCGCGUGGAAGCUGCAAUCACGUUGCUCGGAUAUGGAACGCGAUGCUUAAACUGUUAUCUCUUUUCCAAUUAACGAUCCUGUUGUUCCUAACGUUGGAUGUUCUUUAUUUAGGCGUGUCUGGUGGUUUUGAUCUGACUCGAUCGAUUGUGCAUAUUGAUAUCAUUCCCAUAAUGGAGGGUAAAGUGGCGAUCUUUGUCGCAUGUUUGACAUGUGUCGUCUGCUUAAACACGACAGACAACCCAACAAACCGGGAAUCCUGCAUCAGCAGUAUAUUCGGUGCUGAAUACAGAGGCACAGACAACUCAACCUCCUCGGGAAAGCCUUGCAUGCGGUGGGACAUCGUGCUUCCUUCUUCCACCACCAACUGGACCGCGCAUGUGAACUAUUGCCGGUAUUUCUCGGGGGGCCAGUUUGGGGUCGGAAGGAGUCAACCUUGGUGCUAUACGGAUGGAAGUGGAGGCUGGGAGUUAUGCAGCGUGCAAAGAUGUGACCUGCCGCCAUAUGAAACCUGCUACCGUAGCCCUGUUGCUAUCACCAACACCAAACUGACAUCAGACUGCAACUGUAGUGUAUCCCUGUCCCUGAAGGCGAGCCCGGCGGUCCAGCUUAUCCGCGCAAUCUUCGUCUACCCGCCCGCGGAGGAAAUCUGCACCCGGGACGUAGUGCUGAAUCUUGAAGGGAAGCCUCUCGAGCUGACCUGCGAGGAUGGUCAGUCCGUCGACCUCUCCAUGCAGAUGACCCCCAAUGUCUCCUACAACAUCGGUCUUGGUCUAAAGACGGAUUACAAUCGGAACAAUCAGACUGGGGUCGGUUUGCAUCAGAUUACAUACACUGCCAUGUCUUACGUCCAUUUGACUAGCUGUGAUGUGAUACUACCAACUGACGUAAGGAAGUCUACUGGAACAUCAAACGUCGAGAUCCAUACCUUAGACGCCAAUGGUACUGAUUUACCACUUCACCCACAUGGCGCCGGAGAUGUCAUCAAGCAUUCUAAUCACACUCUCAAAGGGCUCGUUAUCGGUCUAGUUGUGAGCGCCGUGGUGGCUGUUGGUGUCAUCAGCGUAGUAACAUAUAUCUGGUUGAUAGACAAAAGACAUAUGAGAAGCGAACUCCUUCGCGAAUACCUCGGCGAGGACCAUCUUUCAAGCGAUGAAGAAAAGACGUAUUUCUCGGAACCAAAAGCUUAUAUCAACACCAUCGCUUUAGAUAGUGAGAGAGACGAACAGCCAACACCCCGAACGCUGGAUCAGUUAGAUCCUCUAGCUUUAGCUAGGAAUAACAAACACCUUCGGCCCAAUGGUUGCAGUUGUGUAAAUAUUGAUGCCCCUGACAAAAGGGACCUUCAGAAUGGACAUGUAACAAAAAUCGAAACGGCAAUCGUGCCGAUUAAUGAGUUGGAGAAUUUUGAUGAUUUGUCUGACGUGAUUGCCAACCCUAUGGCAAGGGAGGUUGUGAAUAACUGUGAUGUUGAACCAGUUGCUGACCAGGAAAACACCGUAUGAGUUAUUUUCUAAUAUCCUUAAGGACAGAAUAAACAUGUAAAUUGGACUCAAGGCAGUUGUGGUAUGUCGAGUUAACUGUGGGAGGGAAAUGGAGCAAUAUCGACAAUAUGAUUUGUAAGAAGUUCAAAUCAGCCUGAUGUGAGCACUUGGUGCUACAAUGAUGCCAUCUAUACAGCCUUGCUACUUGAUAAAUUUCAUGCAGUAGUAAAGAAGGUCCACUUUUGUGUAUCAAACAACAAUGAAAUAUCUCACUUGCGCAGGUCGCAAACCCCAGGCCCUUUAAUACAGGAUGGUCUCUCAAAUGAAUGACUUCUUUGAAAUCAACAGUGGUGAAGCACAGUACCGAUUGCUAAAAAAGUAAAUAUCGGUCAUGGCCGACUCGGUGGUAUUACCAUCAUGUGCCUUGUGAAUAGUGCAGGUUAUCAAAAUCAAAAUAUGUACAUUCAUGUUACAAUUGAAUUCCGUGUACAACUGUAUUUAUCUAUAUGUGUCUAUGUAAUGUACAUGUACAAUACUUUGUAUCGUAAUCAAGAUUAAAUAAACGUUUUUUUUAA